UCCGUUACUUAUAGAUAUUGUUACGCUGAAGUUAAAAAAUAUGGGCGAGUUUUCGUACCUUAUUCGGCUAGAAACGAUUUCAACAAGCUCAACAAACCAUGGUUGGGAUAUGGUGCUGAAAUGGAUAAGACUAUCCAGUUGAAGAUUUUUCGCCAACCCGACAUCAAGAAUUGCCGAUAUGUUGCCUGGAGUAUAAAUAUGAAUCUUGUAGAUGAGAAGAAAGGUUUUGAAAAAGUUCCCGAUAGAGCCAAUGGUCAGAUCGGUGUUAUUGUUGUUAUUCCAUCGGAUGGCGAUUUAACCGUAUAUUCUUCGCAAUCUGGGAAAGCAACAUUACCUGCGUAUUUGCGAGAAUCGUGGAUGAGUAUUGGAACGUGUAUUCGCUAUGACGUUGUUAAACAAGUUGAUACGGAGUCAAAAGCUAUCUGGAUAGUGCGGAACGUUGAAAAUCUUGGACUGUUAUAUGAAAUUAUUGUUGAUAAUAAGGAUCCGUGCAAAUUAUUGUUGCGUUUGAAUGCUGUUGUUAAUCGAGUCUCAUCUAGUACGCAUAAUGCAUGGCUAUGGAACGAUAUUAUUGGUAGGUAA